AUGCCACCCGUCCCUGAAUGGGUAAAGGCUUUGAACCCUCCCGGUCCGCAGGGCUCGGAGCUUCUACAGCAGGAGCGAGACCGCUCCAAUGUCUCCGUGAAUAAGCUGGCGGAAUUGGUUCAUACCAAAGAAGUGCUGGACCGACAGGAUAAAAUUCUAGCCGUCAUGGAAAAGGAGAAAGUUUUUGAUAAAUCACAAAUUCUUUCUAUGGGCCGUGUAGAACGGAUAAAAGCAUCCCUUGGUAAGGCUAAGCGCAUCCAACAAUUAAGGGAACAGCACAAUUGGACAGACGACGAAUUCAUCAUGGCCAAUGACCUUCUGAGCGAGCCCACUCCUUACGGACUCCACGCAAGCAUGUUCCUGGUGACUCUCAGAAAUCAAGCCACACCAGAGCAAAAAAAGCUGUUCCUGAGACCAGCGGAACGCUAUGAGAUCAUUGGCUGCUACGCUCAAACUGAGCUAGGCCAUGGAUCUAACGUCCAAGGUCUCGAGACCACAGCAACCUGGGACCCUACAGACAGAACCUUUGUUAUGCAUUCCCCGAGCUUAACAGCUUCCAAAUGGUGGAUUGGCUCUCUUGGCAAAACCGCGAAUCAUGCCGUUGUGAUGGCUCAGCUUAUUAUUGAGGGCAAGAGCUACGGCCCUCAUCCAUUCAUCGUACAAAUCCGCGACCUGAAGACUCAUGAGGCUCUUGAAGGAGUCUAUGUUGGUGAUAUUGGACCUAAGUUCGGCUACAACACCAUGGACAAUGGAUUCCUUCUUCUGAACCAAGUGAAAAUUCCACAUGUGAACAUGUUGGCACGGUUCUCGCAUGUUGACCCCAUUACAAACAAGUACGUGCGUUCUGCCGCAUCUACUUUGGUCUAUGGUACAAUGACCUGGGUUCGGUCUACAAUUGUACUGCAAUCGGGCAAGGUCCUAGCCCGAGGUGUAACGAUUGCUACGAGAUAUUGCGCUAUCCGAAGACAGUUCCAGGACCGUGAUACAACGGAUAAGUCUUCCGAUGAGAACCAGGUUCUCAACUACAAGAUGGUCCAAAUCCGACUUCUUCCCCUACUUGCUGCUACCUUUGCUCUUCAUUUUACUGGACGGCGAAUGAUGGAAAUGUAUGAGGAAAACCAGAGACAAAUGGCCCGCGGUGGUUCAGCAAAGGCAGGAGCACUUCUCCUUGCCGAUCUCCACGCCACCUCCUGUGGUCUCAAGGCCCUUGGGAGUUCCGUAGCAGCUGAGGGAUUAGAGGUAUGCCGACGCGCAUGCGGUGGUCAUGGCUAUAGUAGCUACAGCGGCAUCGGUCCAUGGUACGCCGAUUAUCUGCCAACUCCCACAUGGGAGGGUGACAACUACAUGUUGACGCAACAAGUAGCACGAUAUCUGCUCAAAUCUGCUAGAGCUGUCUAUGCCAACAAUGCCCCUGACAACGACACCAGCCGCAUUCUCAAGAAUUAUAUUCGCCGCCGAGACAUGGGAGCUGCGUUCGACAUCCUUGACAAUGAUGCUGACAUCGUAGACGCCUUCGCCUGGCGUACCGCUAACCUCACUUUUGAGGCCCUGAAAAACCGUGACGUUGCCAAGCGCUCAUGGAACAGCUUGCUCAUCGAUUUCUGGCGCCUCUCGACUGCCCACUCACAAUACCUCGUCGUGAAGAACUUCUACGAAAGUGUCUUUGCGCCCUCCACGGCCUCCGCCCUGGAUCCUGAAACAACCGCAGUCCUCCACAAACUCUUCCGACUCCAUGCUCUGUACACCUUGGAGCGCGAGUCCGCCGACUUCUUCACCUCGGGUGCUGUGACCAUCCGUCAAAUCACCCUCGCCCGGACCAAGGCAGUUGUCAAACUCCUUGACGAGAUCAGGCCCCAUGCGGUCCGGCUCGUUGACGCAUGGAAGUUCCCGGACUGGCAGCUUGACAGCUCCUUGGGCCGCUAUGAUGGCAAAGUCUACGAGGAUCUGUUCCACCGGGCCAGCCAAGAGAACCCUGUCAACAACUUCACGUUCGAUCCAUACCCAUGGAAUAACGCGGUGGUGAAGAAUGAGAAACAAAGCAAACUCUAA